AUUAACAUGUUGCUCAUAGCUGCUAACUAGUCGGACAGGACAUUUCCAUAAUGUUUAGCAUAAAUAAAAUAUUGAGCCACUAAACGUGGAUGCCUUCUUAUGGUCGUUACCCCCCUAACACCGUUUGCCUCCAAGCACCGCGUGGGUUUAGCAUAGCUCCGCUAAGUUAGCCUCUCACAGGACGUGCUGCUAACAGGCUAAUGCUGGAGAUCAACAGUGCAGAGCAGAAUGGGUCAUGUGAGGGGGCAGUGGCGAUCCUGGAUGCUGGAGCCCAGUAUGGCAAGGUGAUUGACAGACGGGUGCGAGAGCUGUGUGUACGCUCUGAAAUCCUCCCUCUAGAGACCCCGGCCUUUGCUCUCAGAGAACAGGGCUACAGGGCAAUCAUCAUUUCAGGAGGUCCAGCCUCUGUGUAUGCAGAAGAUGCCCCCUGGUUUGACCCUGCUAUAUUCACUAUAGGAAAGCCUGUCCUUGGGAUUUGCUAUGGGAUGCAGAUGAUGAAUAAAGUGUUUGGCGGUACAGUACACAAAAAGAGUGUGAGGGAAGAUGGAGUGUUCAGUGUUGGACUGGACAACACUUGUUCUCUCUUCAGAGGCCUUCAGAAGGAGGAACUGGUCCUGCUGACCCACGGAGACAGUGUGGAUAAAGUGGCUGAUGGCUUUAAAGUGGUGGCCCAAUCAGGGAACAUCAUUGCUGGCAUUGCUAAUGAACAGAAGAAGCUGUAUGGGACACAGUUUCACCCUGAAGUCGACUUGACGCAGAGAGGCAUCGAGAUGCUGCGUACCUUCCUGUUCGAGAUUGCUGGAUGCACGAGUAACUUCACCGUACAGAACCGCCAACAGGCCUGCAUCGAAGAGAUAAGAGAAAAAGUAGACAAGUCUAAAGUGCUGGUGCUGCUGAGUGGCGGGGUGGAUUCAACAGUUUGCACAGCUCUCCUCAACAAAGCUCUCAACCAGGACCAGGUGAUCGCGGUUCACAUUGACAACGGCUUCAUGAGGAAGAAAGAGAGUCAGAGUGUGGAGGAAGCCCUCACCAAACUGGGCAUCAAACUGAAAGUGGUGAAUGCAGCUCACACCUUCUAUAACGGAACAACAACCCUCCCCAUCUCUGAGGAGGACAGGACGCCACGAAAACGCAUCAGCAAGACUUUGAAUAUGACUACUAACCCAGAAGAGAAAAGGAAAAUCAUUGGAGAUACAUUUGUCAAAGUGGCAAAUGAAGUGAUAGGAGAAAUGAAUCUGAAGCCGGAAGAGGUUUUCCUGGCUCAGGGUACCUUACGGCCCGAUCUCAUCGAGAGUGCCUCUCAUCUUGCCAGCGGCAAGGCAGAGGUCAUCAAGACGCACCACAACGACACUGAACUCAUCCGCAAACUCAGAGAUGAGGGAAAGGUAAUUGAACCGCUGAAAGAUUUCCAUAAAGAUGAGGUCAGAGCACUGGGGAGAGAGCUGGGCCUGCCAGAAGAGAUCGUCUCCCGACACCCUUUCCCAGGUCCUGGUUUGUCCAUCAGAGUGAUUUGUGCAGAGGAGCCCUACAUCUGUAAGGACUUUGCUGAAACGAACAACAUCCUCAAAAUCAUCACCGACUUCUCUGCAAGUGUCAAAAAGCCCCACGCCUUGCUUCAGAGAGUCAAGUCGUGCAUAUCAGACGAGGAGGAAGAGAAGCUCAUGCAGAUCACCAGCCUUCAUUCACUCAAUGCCUUCCUGCUGCCCAUCAAAACUGUCGGCGUCCAGGGUGAUUGCCGGUCCUACAGUUACGUGUGCGGUGUCACUAGUAAAGAAUCUCCGCACUGGGAGUCGCUCAUGUUCCUGGCCAGACUCAUCCCUCGCAUGUGCCACACCAUCAACAGAGUUGUGUAUGUUUUUGGCUCCCACGUGAAAGAGCCGCCAACAGACAUUACUCCAACCUUCCUGACCACAGGCGUUCUGAGCACGCUCAGACAGGCUGACUUCGUAGCUCACUCUAUCCUCAGAGAGUCUGGCUAUUCCAGUAAGAUCAGCCAGAUGCCUGUCAUCCUGACCCCCCUGCACUUUGACCGUGACCCACUGCAAAAGCAGCCAUCCUGCCGGCGCUCUGUGGUGGUCCGCACCUUCAUCACCAGCGAUUUCAUGACCGGCAUCCCUGCCAUGCCGGGCAACCAUAUCCCAGAGGAGGUGGUGCUAAAGAUGGUAAAUGAGAUCAAGAAGAUCCCGGGCAUCUCCAGAGUCAUGUAUGAUCUGACCUCCAAACCGCCUGGCACCACAGAGUGGGAAUAAGGCGCAACAUGAAGUCAUACCGACAAGACAUGCACUCACACACAAUGCACAAACACGCUCAACAGCCCCCCACCACCAUCACCACCACCACCACCCCCCACCACACACACACACACACACACACACACACACACACACACACACACACUCCUCCCCCUCCUCCCUACUUUACCUCCACCCCUCUCUUAAACAUUCCCAUGGAAGGCAGACCGUACUGUGAUGGGCGCACAUGCAAAGGCGCUACUACUCUGCUCUCCCCACCACUCCUCCCUGGUCUUAAUAUUUUUUUGGCAAUAGGGAUUGUUUAAUGUUGUUUAUUGAUAAUAUAUUGUCCUUUUUUAUCCAUGUACAACAGUGUAUUUCCUCUCUAUGAAGAAAAGGUAAAUUGCUGCUUCCCUUUUGUGAGGUCAACCAUUAAAGACAAGUGGCGAGAAGCUGUGAAAGUUCAGAAAGCGGACUUUGCUGUUGUGCCUCAGGUUGCGUUAUGAGUUGAGCUAAACAUUGGAGAAAAAAAGCAAACACUAGUGUCACACAAAGAAAUGACAGCAGUAGAAGAGUUUGAAAAUCUUCAAGUGUUUUCUGCCUUUUUUUGUCAGAUGUUUUUGUCUUACUGUUGUAGGUCAGAAUGUUCUCAACCUAAGACUAUCCUCUAUUUGUUCAUUUUCAACUUCUGCCUGUAUACUGUGCUAUGAAGAAGGUCGUCUGUCAAAAGUAAAACUGAACAGACAACCUAUGUGACCAAUCAAUCAUUUUUAAGCUUUUUGUUUUGCCAAAAGUAGAAUAUGCUGUGGUAUAUAUAACAUUGUGGGCUCCUCUGACGAUCUUGUCCAAGCUACAUUUGUUGAGAGCUCUUGACUUGUUGCAGUACCCAUCUUGGAUGGCAAUCCACCCAAGAUUAGCUUCUGGAUGAAAGCUAGGUGCAGCUGUGCAGGAGGCCAAUAUAUGCUGGGUAACUUUGUAUGUGCCUGUUCUAUUGUUUAUUUUUUGGUGUGGCCCAACCUGGACUCUGAUGUUUCCAGACAGGAGGAUACAACACUGUUUUUCCUCAUGCUACAUUAUGUAUGCUUUUUAUGAAGAAUAAACAUGGCAAGAGGACUAACUAAAAGCAACAUAAGUACAGUAGAGUUUAUAACCACAUUGUGUAACUUGCUGUUGUCAUUUCAUCAUUAUUCGGUUGCUCUUUGUUGUGCAGGGGGCAUAUUUUUGCACAUUUUGUCUUUUACUUCCACCUGUAAAGCCUCUGCAUUAUUUAUCAGCUUAACAGAAACAUCCAGCGGGAACUUCACCGCAAGUGUGUCGCUCUGUACUGUCAAAGGUUGAGAGUACUGUCUGUUGCCAUCUCUAACAUGACUCUGACACUGCGUCUCAGAAAGGCUUCAUUUUUUUUCCUGUUCUGUACUAUUGAAACAUUGAGCACAUCAUAAUCUCUGGUCUUCAGUUUUUUCAUAUAGACCUCAGUGAAUACAGUGCUCAGGUUUAACUGAGUUUUAAAAGUGUAUUGUACCCCGAUAGACAUUUCACCCCGAUGUGGUGGUUUUCAUGCCUCCACAAUUUGUCUUUGUGCCUCUCAUCCUCUGUUAUAUCUUUAAGCUUUAGUGGCAAAAUACUUCUAAUGCAAAAUGAACUUGUCUUAACUGCUAUUAGUGUUUCUCCCUGUGUUCUGCCUUUUACACAAGGGUCUUUUCUGUUACACUCUCCAUAGAAAACAGCUUGAUAAUAACAUAUAUAUAUAUAUAUAGUAUAAUUUUGUAGUUGGAUUUAAUUGCAAUAUCGAUAAGAUUAAGUUAUGCAAUUUAUUGUUGGAUUUUUUUUUUUUUAAAGUUUUAUUCAACAACGCUCAUUCUCCUUAGUAACGUGCCUCAAAACAAGCCACUGCAUGCAGUUUCAACUAUGAUGACAUUUGUACAAUAGAAAACUGAGCUUUAAUAAAGAUCUCCAUGUUAAAACUU